AUGUCUUCCGAAGUUUCCGAGACUCCAUCAGGACCCGUUUGUCAUAGACAGCCUGUUAUCAACCCCGGAAUGGGAUCACCAUUGGUCGACUCUCGUCGACAAUUGAGCGUUGGACUUGACCAACCUACACUGUCAAAAACGAAACGCAAAGGCCGAAGCACUUACGAAGCUAGUGCUAGCAACAAUGACUCAGAUGCCUCUAUCGUCAGUAUUCAUCCUCAAGGUAAGAAGAAGAAGAAGGUCACUGGCUCUCAAUCUUCAACUUGUUGUUUCAAGAAGAAGGAUGCACCCAAAGGUCCAGCAGAUGAAGAAGUGAGUACCUCGCUGUUAUCAGAGCAUCUCAGAAAACAUCACACAAACCAUGCUACGUGCUGA